AUGCACAAUCACGCACCGGAAGCGUUCAUGCUCCUAAGUCUACCCGAUGCCUCGCUAAGCUGGACAGGGGCCCGCACAGAGCACGGCGACCUCUACCUGGAGAGCGUCUCCAUGCCCAACUACGACUCCAAAGACUCCAACGACCGCACCGUCUACCUCGUGCUCAAAGUCAACGCAAACGAAGCCCCGAUCGACCCAGCGAGCACCGUUAGGCGCACCGACGGCCCAGGUGGCGCCCACUUGCGCUCGUACACGCUGCUGCCCGCUCAGCCCUCGGGUGAGCAGCCCGAGAUGACUCUGACGAUUAAUAUGCAGCGGUAUAGUGGGAACCACGAGCUGAUGGAUAAGUUGGAGGCGUUUGAGAAUAUUUUGGAGCAGUAUGUCGCGGUGUAUCAUCCUGGACCUUCGCCAGUAGCGGGGUGGGGCAGCGGACCAUCAGGCGCACCAGCGACAAUCGCCGGGCAAUCGACCCGAGUUGAUCUGAAAGGCGGGAACAACAACGACUUCCGCGGGCAGCUUGUGAUGGUGAACGAAGACACCGGCGAAGUCGUCGGUGCAGUCGAAGACCGGUUCAGAAUCCGCGAAGACCCCGUCAUGCACCAGAAGGGACACGAGAACGACCCCGUCAUUAUCGAAGUCGGCGACGAGGAUCCCGUCGCGUCCGAUGCGAAUGCGCUGGAGGCGUUCGCUAGGACUGUGCCGCCUGAACAGAGGAACUGGAUCACGUCGUCUGCGAAUAUCGCCAGCCAUGCGAUUUCGAUGGGUACUAACCUACUGAUCACGACCAUAACCACCGCAUCCUCAUUCUACAUCAACCACUCCGCGCCGUCCCCACACCACACCGCCUCUCCAAAGAGUCUUUCGCCCUCCACAUCUGGGAGCGGCAGCGGCGCAUCGACGCCCGCUUCUGCAGGCGGAAAACCACCACCUGUACCCCCACGCGCACUAACAUUCCUCACCUCCGAAAAAACACGCAAGAACCUCGCGACAGUCCACGCGUACAGCGGCACAGCCGUAAAAGUCUCCGCGCAGACCGUAGGGCUCAUCGACAAGAUGAUCAGGCGCGCGAUCGGCGCGAACCCGAAGCGCGAGAAGUACUUUGCCAACGUUGGCCAACAGCAGCAGCAGGGUGGAGGCUCGUCUGCGUCGUUGGGGUUGAAUGUACCACAGAAUGGCUCGUCAGCGCCGAACACGCGCUCGCCGUCGCCUGGCCCGUCGUCGUCAUCCCUGCACGCGCCCCCGCCAUACGCUCCGCGCCUACAUAAGUCUGCGUCAUUCAGCAACGACCGUGACACCCCCAGUUCAAGCAAAAGCGGCCCACCGCUUCCUCCUCGCCGCUCUCCGUCUCCCAUGCCCAUGCCGUCUCCACAGCAUCAGUAUCAGUCGCCUGGGACCAGAUCACCAGCGUCGUAUGCCCCGUCCCCGGCGCCUUCGGGAGGACCACCGCCCAUCCCGCCUCGCCUGUCGACGAAAGAUCAUAUUUUGAUCUCGGCGGAUCUUAUCCUCUCCACCAUCGACCAUUCCACCCGGCGCGUGCUCGAUACAGGCACUGAACAGCUCGGACGCGUUGUAGGCCACAAAUAUGGACCGGAGGCGGCACAGUCGUCCCUGCUUAUGGCCGGGACCGCGCGGAAUGUAGGGUUGGUAUACGUCGAUAUGCGCGGGAUUGGGAGGCGCGCGCUGCUUAAGCGCGCUGGGAAGACGUAUGUCAAGUCCAAGGUGUCGAGUAAUAAAGGGAAGAGCGCGGCUGUGCCUGUGGCCUCGAGUCAGUCUUUGCCUGUGCCGCAGACGUACGCGAAGAAGUGA